AUGGCCCUAAAGCCACCGAAAAAAGGACGGACCGACGCCGGUGCCGGCAGGAGGCAGAGAGCCCUAGCUUUUUGGGAGGCGGCCGCUGACUUGGUUCCACAUUCCUUCCUUGAUGCAGGACAAGAUGAUAGUCUAGCGGCCACCAUGGCACCAGGACCGCUGCCGGAGUAUCAUUUGAGAAAAAAAGGACCGCCGCCGGCCCUCCCGGACGAGCUCGUACAAGAGAUCCUGCUCCGCAUCCCGCCCGACGACCCGGCCAGCCUCCUCCGUUCCUCCCUCGUCUGCAAGUCCUGGAGCGAGGCCGUCUCCCAACGCUGGUUCCGGCGCAGCUUUCACAAUCUCCAUCCAUCACCCACCGUGCUCGGGGUUCUUCAUGACUGGCACGAUGAAGCCAUCCCUACCUUCAUCCCGGCCACCGCGUCGCCAUUCUCCCUCGCCGCCCCAGAUCGCUUGCUCUGGAGUGCCGUCGACUGCCGCCAUGGCCGUGCCCUCUUCCUCUCCGAGGACCGUACUGAGGAAUUCCUGGUGUGGGAGCCAAUCACGGGUGCCCAGCAGCGCGUACCUAUCCCCGUGGCGUUCCAGUUCGGCAACACCACUGCAGCCGUGUUCUGCACAGCUGACGGGUGCAACCACCACGACUGCCAUGGCGGUCCGUUCUGCGUGGUCUUUGUCUUCUCCGUCUAUGAUGAAGACGCUGAGACGUCGGCAUGCGUCUACUCAUCCGAGACUGGCGCCUGGGGCGAGCCGACCUUAAUGCACAACGACAUCAUCGUGGACUUCACAUAUUAUUCCAGCUUGCUUGUUGGGAGGUCUUUCUUGUAUUUCAUGACAUGUGGUGGGUUUAUCCUGGAGUAUGACCUGGCAAGGCAUGGACUGACUUGGUUCGACACACCAGACUCUUGUCAUUCUAAGGAUGAACCCACUUGCAACCUCAUGCUGGCGGAGGACGGUGGAUUAGGACUCGCCGAAGAAUUGAAUCCGCAUCUGCAAUUGUGGUCAAGGGAGGUAGUGGAUGGCCGAUGGGUGCCGGGCCGAAUCAUCUACUUGGAAAGUUUGCCGUCCCUAUAUGGUGCUCCUGUGGGUGCACAAUGUCCAGUGCAUGUGUUGGGCUUCGCUGAGGAAGCAAACACCAUUUUCGUGACAACGGCUGCUGGCCUCUUCGCAGUCCAAGUAAAAUCAGGGAAGGCGACCAGGGUGUGCGAUGAUCAUGGCUACGGCAAGCUGAUUCCAAUCGCUGGCUUGUACACUCCUAUGCCCAGAGGUGAGCACUUGAGAAAAGUGUCGGCUUCCAGUUGUUAG